AUGCAAAGUUCGUCCUCAAGUGAUGAAGACUAUGUGAGAUUUGAUGAAAGUAAUUCAAGUAGAAAAAGUGGAUAUUUGCCUGAUAGUCGUGGAUUAGAAAAUUUCAGGUACCAAACAUGUUCGCGCUUGCAGUAUCUUGAUGAAAUCGAUUCUACACGAAGUGUUCGCUCACGUCAAACGUCUGCACUUUCAAAAGUUGUUGAAACAGGACUAUUAAGUCGACGCUCUGGCUUUGAGUCCCAACGCUCCAUUCCCAAAGCCACGCCUUUAACGAUCCGAACUUCUAGCCUCAAGUUUCGUCGACCAAUGCUGGCGCAUUCUUCAUCUUCCAUCAAUUCUUUCGCUGAUGAAAACAAGUCUCAUCAAGUUGUCACACUCCAAACACCCUUGUUGUCUGCUGAAGAUCGGAGCUCUUCGGGAAGAAGCAACCAAUGCUCUUCUUCUGAUCUCUCCUCCAUUCGUUCUUACAGUGUCAUUUCAGUCCCUGUAACUAGCCAUGACACUACGCGAUCUUAUCAGGAUUCUCCUAUUUUUGGGACCUCCUUUUCUAGCUCUGCUACGGGAGGAGUGGGUCGUAUUGGUGAACUCCGGAACAGCAGAUUUCCUAGUGCUGUUGGAAGAGCUAGGGGGACUGACGAAAAUUUUCAAAGUCGAAGUGAAACUUCUGGGACUUCUAAUCCAUCACUUUCCACCGGCUUGAUUUCAUCUGUUGAUACAGCUGAAGAAAUCCAUAAACUUCGACUUCAAUUAUAUAUUUUUGUUCUUCGAUGCAUCGCCUACCCUUUCACAGUGCCUCUUCCACAGGAUCCGGUUCGACGGUACUUAAAAGUCACUCGAGAAUACUUGGGCGUCCUCCGGGAACGGUUCACUGCCUUCUUAAACAAAGACCUGCGUAUAGUUUGCGAUGAGGCAUUUUUUAACGCAGUGCACCAUUUUGAUGAAAUUUACCUCAGGAAUGAAUUAGUUGAACGUGCGGUAAUAGCUGGUGGUUUUUCAAUGAACGACAUUCGAGGAGUUUUCGCUAGGAGCAUUGAACAGAGGUUACAACGGUUUGAGGAAAUUGAUGGGCUACCAAAGCGAACUGUGAUAGGUGCCUGGAAAGUGAAGUUUGACCAAAUAUGCCGCGGAGGAGAAGGACCCUGUCCCAUUGCAAACCGCCUUGGUUCUCCUCAACUGGAAUUGACCAAUCCAACCAAAGAACAACUCUACGACCUAUUUAUGCGAAUUCUUUUCAUAAAGAAGUAUGAGCACCAGAUUCUCUACAAUGCCUGUCAGCUGGAUAAUAUUGAUGAGCAAGCAGCACAAGUUCGACGAGAGCUAGCCGAUCGAAAAGGCUUUCUAGAAGAAAUGGCGACUAAUCGUCGCUACCCCAAGAUGGUACAUAAGGAGAUGGAAGUGCAGUACGUGGAGGAGCAGAUUAACAAUUUGAAUCAGCUGAUGCUGCAGUUGGACACAGUACCUGUGGGCAAGUCCCACGGCUAUACUACUGGAUCUGGGUCGGCUGUAGGUGUGGUGGUCCAGUUGCAGCGCCGACUUAAAAAGUACUCUGGCCACGCACAGCUGGCGCAGAACCCAUUGUCUACAGUCGGAGUCCAGGGGUCACAGAACAGGGGCCUCGAGGACCGCAGGGGUGGUGCGGAUGGGUUGUCGUCGGGUAGGCACACUUCCAUUGUUGGUUGGGCUGCUAAUGGGGGCCAGCAACAGCAGCAGCAACAACCACUGAUGGAAGGAGGAAAUGUACACUUGUUACCCUCCAUCAAUCAUGUGGGUGGAAAUAUCUCCAAAUUAUCCAUCCAGUUAUCGUUCGGCCUUGAGAUCCUAAUUUGUCAACUUCGUCCGCUCAGGCACCUCUCUAGCAGCAAGCAGCUCUUUUGUACCAUUGAGGUAGAGGGGUGCCCCGAGCGACAACGAACUGCUUUUGUCAAAGCCGCCAAACCCAUAUGGGACACUCUUGCUGAAUUUGAAACACCUCAUCCGCUUCCUUGUGUAAAGAUAAAACUAAUGAAGGAAAGUACCAAUCCACUCUCUCUAGAUCACAAGGAACUCGGCCGCAUUAUGCUUCUCUCAAACCCAUCUACAUCCCAUCUUCCUACCUGGUACAGGCUGCAAUCAACCAAGCGCUGCAACGACGUCAUUGAAAUGCAAGUUGCCGUAAGGCAAGAGUGUCCAUCAAAUCUGAAACACUGUGGUUUCUGCUGGGUUCAAGGCCGAUCCACUUUCAAGAAGUGGAAAAUUCGCUACAUCUGCCUCAUACAGGUAUCUCAAUAUACUUUCAUAAUGGCUGCCUUUAAGGAGGCAAAAAGUGUCGCCUACGAAAGCAUGGUUCUGGACGGGUACACUGUCGAUUACUGUGAGACCAACCAAGAACUGGUGUCAGCAGCCAAGGCAGAGCUAGCCACUGAGACUGGUGGUCUCUCCUCAUCGAUGCCUACGCUGAAUAAAGUGAAGGGAUCAGGCAGCUUUUCUAGCGCUUUUGGUGGCGCAAGUGGUUCAAAAAAUUCCUCGGUGGCAAUAGUGCCCACCUCGCGUGAGGUGGCUUCCUUCCAAGGCAGCGCAGAAAGCGGUGGUGGAGCGUUCGAUAAUCCACCUUUCAGCCAUCGGAUACCGCACUUCUUCUUCAAUCUCGUGCGUGAAGGUGACACACUCACUUUUGCCGUAUUUGAGGAGUCCGAACUUCAUGCCUGGGUGCAAGCCAUCCACCGAGCCACUGGCCAAUCUCAUAAACCCGUUCCGACCACAUACGUCAUCUCUAGGACGCAUUUCAGAAGAGGUGACUGCAACGGUGCGCAUCUUGGCGUCAAUGCGCUUGUCACAGCUAAGCCUCAUAAAGCUGACCAUCUGCCCUUGCUCAAGGAACUUCUUGUUCGGAUGUUGGAUUACCGCCUCAAGGACCCCUUUGUUUCUCUGGGUUGGCUUAGUCCGUCACAAAGUCUCGUCCUGGAUGAGUAUUGUAAUCGCUACAGCGUUCGAGAGUGUCAACGCCAUCUCAUCUUUCUCAAUGAAUUGCUCAACUUAGGAGAGCAGGAUCUUAUGAUCGACAUUGAUUUGAUCUUCCAUUCAUACAUUCUCUGCGCUGACCACGUGCAAGGCAAAACGCAGGAGAAAGGAAUAAGUACGGUGCUUAAUGCAGAAAUGGAGGAAUUCCAGAGGGUUCGAACACGAUUGCUGGCAUUUCUCGAGAAGCGAUUGACGGGUUUCCGGUUCCACUUCCCCUUCAAUCGACCGGAUGGGGGGCUGGAAAAGUUAUUAUUACUUUUAGAUCGAGUCAUUACCCAUUCAAAUGAAGGAAUUACAACCACGGAGGCGGUGAGGUCUAUGGUCCGCGUGUGUCUUCGUAAUGCCGCCAUCUUAAAUUACGAAAAGAUCUCAGAAUUUGCACAAAACGAGGCCAAGCAAAAUGUAAAUCCUAGUGAUGCUGGAUUUCAGACGUACGAGAAACAAUUGCACAAUCUUCUUCGACUUGCCGAGAUUUGUAUAGAUACACUUCAGCAAAAUGACGAUUAUUUUGCGAAGUCAUUUAUCUGGUACGAUGAUUUGUUUGUCGAACAUUCCGAAAAUUUCCUCUCGCUUUUUCAAAUGGACAUGACAGAUGUGCUUGAUAACUUGCCAUCUGACAGUUGGGGCGUUUUUCAGAUUUUUCAAUUCCUCAAUAGCUGUCUUCUUAAUUCAGAAACCCUCACCAAUGGGCCAUUCCAUUCUGCUCUUUUGGAUCGUUUUGCGCCUAUAGUUGAGAGAUACCUCAGUCUUAUGGAGACUUCUAUCACAAAAUUCAUGGUUAACGGAAUCGAGAAAGAAUCGUGGAUUCCAAUGUCAGACGAAGGAACUCAGAACGUUGCAUCAAGAGGUGACCUUAAUGUGGGCUCUUCCGUUAGUUCACAAGCACACCCCGACACCGACAACGAGAGCUAUCGCUCGCUAAACAUGAGGAAGCAAAACCGAUCGCUACACCAAACACUGACCGGCGAUAGUACCGAGGGGAUUGAGAGCUCCUCCUCCCCUGCCUACAGUGGUCUCAAUCCAAGCUCCGAUAGACAAGUCCUCAUCUCCAAGACCUCCACUGUCGGUCCGACGAGCGCUUUUCUCGACGUACUCUCCCGCAGCCGUCCUUUGGCCUUUGUCUCUCGUGUCAUGAAUCCUAGCGCAUCCGCGCGAUCGUCAGUUAUGAACAUGGGUCGGCAGUCCAUCGCGCUUAUCACACCAAUCCCAACAACCUCGACCAAUGACGAUGGUGACCUAGCCGCCGAGGGUGAACGGCUGGAGCAUUCCGAUUUGGCCGCAGAGUUGAUUUGUGCUCGGUGUUGUCGCACUGUUGGGACGCUGAUAUUCAGGCUUCACGUUCUCAAGGAUUUCAUUGCUGAUCUUGGAUGGCCAGAGCGUGUUAAAGCUGCGGGUUGGGCUGAAAAAACCAGGAAAAUGUGCUCGAGCCUUCUUCGAGAGGCCGCCAAGAGAACUUUAAUUGAACUGGACUCAAACCUUCGCCAGUCAUACAAGUCGACGGAAUUCGUUGUGCCACUGGAGUGCCUUACUAUGAUUAACACAAUUACAGCCAUUCGAAUGCAACUCUUUCCUCUAUGUCAUCAGCACGAGUCUGAAGUCGCAGGUGAUGCUCCACAGGGAAGUAGAUCAGACAGCCCUGGCGACAUCUCCAUUUCACACCCAACCUCGGUGCGGAUGUACACGGAGACGGAAGCAUUUUUGGAAGGCGUUCAUAGGCAAAUGAGCGUUAUUCUCACGGACCACCUGACCUUCGUUUUGUCUACCGUACUCAACAGACUGGCUAGAUACGACGAGGGCAAUCUAAUCUCCUCUAUUCUUACACUGGCAAAACCUGUGGAUGAAGAUGGCCGGAAUUACACACAUUUUAUAAGUAGCAAUCUUCAAAUUCUGUGCCAGAACCUCGUUGAUGACGUCUAUUUGCUCUCAAUAUUUGAGAACUGGUACACGAGCCAGAUACGCCUGAUCCAUGAGUGGCUCAUGCAAAGACGCAAUAACGUUUUGCAUCCCUACCAAAUAAAAUGCCUUGCGACAAUUGUGAGGAAGGCAUUUUCCGACUUUGAGCUUCAGGGUGUGGCUACUCAUGUCUUGGAAAACACGACCUACAAAAACGUGUGCCACCGGCUUCAGGUUGAGGAGGCAACGUUGUCGGUCUCAUCCAGCACGCAUGACCGAUCUCAUUCGUCGGCACAAUCGUCCACAGCGGUUGGCCGUCAAAAUUUGAUUAGAGCGAUUGGUGAUGGGCUGAGCACUCUUGCACAGGGCGCAGGUCUUAGACAUCGCCAAACCUAA